AUCUAUAUAAAGGUAACAUGCAGCCAAUGCCAGUGUUACAAUCCAAGGUGGCUCCAGUGGAGGGAAGGUUACGUCGCAGUGUGCCAAGCCUUCCAGCGAUCAAGCCAGACAGGCUAAAAACAGCAAAAAUGCUGGUGGAGAAAGCAGUGAAGCUGAGGAAAGUGUUUUCAGUGCAGGGCCCCUACCCAGUUAUUCGUGCUGCUUUAUGGGCCAGAGGGUGGGUGGAACGCCGCUUGCCCCUUCCUGUCCAGAGAGCAGCUCAUUGCCAUGGCAAUGAGGAGGAGGAUGGCGAUGAUGGUGAUGUCAGUGCUGAUUUUACUGAGAGAGUGGAUGAAGGCGGGAAAGAGGAGAACCUUGAUGACAUGUAUGACCUCAUGUCUCGCAUGGUUCGAAAUGAAACUACAUAUUUCCACUGGACAACUCGUCGUGAUUAUAUAGACUGUCGCUCCUUAAGGAAUGACCAAAUGACCAACCACUAUGCAAAUUCUGGGACAUUUACGACCAAGGUCGGGCUCUGUGUGAACCUGCGUAACCUUCAGUGGUUUGAUACAGCAGACCCUGACACCUUCUUCCCAAGAUGCUACAGGCUUGGGGCAGAGGAUGAAAAGCAUGCAUUCAUAGAGGAUUUCAGGAGGACAGCAUGCACCAGCCUGCUGCAGCAUGUGGUUGAAACAAGUGGAUGGAGGAGAAAUGAGUCGGAUAUCGGGGAACAUCGAUUUGUUGAUCCAGGAAUGAUCGACACGGCUUUGCAAGUGUGUGAGAAGUUUCUCAGUGUUUUAGAGCACGGUGACAUCGAUGUAACUGCAGAAACACCACCCUCAGUGGAGGGACAACAGUGGGCAGAGUUUCUGCAGGACUACUACAGGAUUGUGCAUGAAGGUGCAUUGAUCCGGGGUAGCAGUGUGUUUGUGGAUCGCUGUCAGGCCAUGUUAGUCAGACUGCAGGAGGUUUGUCCUCAGCUGGAUACAGACGGACUGAAUAACAUCUGGAUCAUCAAACCAGGUGCCAAGUCAAGAGGACGAGGAAUAAUGUGUAUGAAUCGCCUGGAUGAGAUUUUAGCACUUGUGGACGGUGACAGAGCCCUGACUAAGGAGAGUAAAUGGGUUGUUCAGAAGUACCUCGAACGUCCUCUGUUGGUCCACGGCACCAAGUUUGACCUCCGGCAGUGGUUCCUCGUCACUGACUGGAACCCUCUGACUGUCUGGUUCUACAGAGAGUGCUACCUGCGCUUCUCCACUCAGCCCUACUCGACUAAAACCCUGGACAGUUCAGUCCACCUGUGCAACAACUCCAUCCAGAAGCACUUCCAGCCGUCCUGUGAGCGCCAUCCAGGAGUGCCUGAGGACAACAUGUGGUCCUGCUCUCAGUUUAGGGCUUAUCUGCAGCGGCAGGGCAGUGGGGCAGAGUGGGAGUCAGUGGUGGUCCCCGGCAUGCAGCAAGCGGUGGUCCGUGCCCUGCAGACAGCCCAGGACCUAGUGGAGCCCCGUAAGGCCAGCUUUGAGCUCUACGGAGCCGACUUUAUGUUGGGCAGGGAUCUGAGGCCUUGGCUACUGGAGAUCAAUGCCAGUCCGACUAUGGCCUGCUCCACCGCCGUGACCGCUCGCCUCUGCCCUGCGGUGCAGCUGGACACACUGAGGGUUGUGCUCGACCGACGGACUGAUCCGAGUGCUUACACAGGAGGCUUCCAGCUAAUCUACAAACAGGCUGCAGUUGAAGUUCCUCAGUAUGUGGGAGUGAACCUGCUGGUGGAAGGAGCCCCCCUUAGGCGAUCCAGACCUCAUAGACAAACUGUUAUUUCUAAUAUACCUCUCACUAUCCAGUUUCCUCCAGACCAGUCAUUGUCAGAAGAUACCGAAACAUCACAUCAACCAUCACAUUAUAAGUCCCAUUCAGUCCCUUCUUUCCACUGCUCAGGCAAGGAGAACCGAGCUGUUGGCGAGAAGAAGAGGCAGCUGACAUUAACAUCUCCUAAGAGGGAACGUGAGGGGAGAACAGAAGUUCCCUCCUUUACCCGCAGGUCCAGUCGCAGUCUGACAUGUAACCAGCCUCUGGUGGUACACACUGAACCUCAGAGGAAAGCUCGACGUUUGGCUCUGGGUUUUGGUGCCAACGGGGUAACCCUGGUCCCACGGAGCUUCUCCUUUUCCCUCAGCCCUCCUCACAGUAUGUCGGAUUGCAAAUCUCAGGCCAACCCCAGCCACGGAGCACACAUCUCCAGAGCCUUCCUAACCCAGACAGCCUUUGAGCCUCAGCACAGGACUACCCGUGUCUUUCCUUCCCUCCGGGGCCCCCUUCCUACCCUGGAGGUAUUUAGCUUGCAGCCAAACAUUACGGCAGGAGCCACCGCGUGUCGUAAUCCAAAUGUGUCCUCUAAUCCCAAUGUCCACAAGUUAAUGCUCUGCUCUCAAAGGCAAAGUAUGGCCAAACAUAAAGAAGAGUUCACAGUGCAACAUAAACACUAGUGGUUAAUAAGUAUUAGAAAGAUGGAAAACAAAUAGGAGCAAGUGCUAAAGAGGGGUUUUGGUAUCAGUUAUCAAUUUAUAUAUAUUAUUUUAUAUUAUUAUAUUUAUAUAUUGUAAUCGCAAUCCUGAUUUUUUUUUUCAGGUUGAAAAUUGAGAUCAUGAUUAUUUAAUACAUUUACUUUAUUGACUUUGGAACAUCAUGCAUGUAUUGAACUUCGUAAAAAAAAACAACUUUUCAGUGGAUUUUCUCAAACUUUAAAUAUAUCAAUUAAAAAAAAUUGAGAAAAAAAGUUGGGAUGCUGUGUAAAAUGUAAAUAGAGAUAGAACGCAUCAUAUUUGGAAUUCAGAGCAUAUAUAUUUACAAAAACAAAAGCAUGUUGUCUUUAUUAUUUUGUCUUGCAAAAAGUAUUCUGUUUCAUUUACUUUUUAAAUGGCAUCCCAGCUUCCCAGAACCUUGGUUAAACAAUACAGUAAGAUAAUUGUUUUGUCUCUAUCUUGUGUCCAUCAUCACUGGAAUCCAAAACUGUAACUAAAAAUCAAAUUCAAUUAAGCCCCUAUCCUUGAUUUGUAUUUUAAUGGGCUGGAGCCUUAUGAAAAACAAAUCUAUUUAUCACAACAUAUUGUGAUUGAAUGAAAUAUUAUUGUGGCUGGCUGGAAUCUCAAUAUAAGUAUGUUUUACGCUUAUGGUAUUGACAACUGCAAUCCGUACUGUGUUAAACUUAAUUUGUAUUAAACAAAGGAAAAACAGUGAA